CUGCAGAUCCCGGGGCUGAGAGCACCGCGCACCGCGCACCGCGCCGAGCCCGGAGGACCGAGCCGAGCCAGGCGAGCCAGGCGGCGAGCGCGUGCGGGCUGACAGAGCCGAGCCGGCCGGGCCAGGCGGGCCGCUCCCUGCAGGGCUCUGCGCGGCGUGCCGCGGCGGCCGCCGGCUCCUGCUCCCGGCCAUGAGCCCCUCCGCGGCUGGGCUCUGAGCCCGCAUCUGGUCCCGCGCCCCAGGACCCGCCGCCGGUUGUCGGGUUCCCGAAGCCCCCUCAGGGUCCCCUUGGCCAGGAUGGAACUGAAGGCGGAGGAGGAAGAGGUGGGUGGUGUCCAGCCCGUGAGCAUCCAGGCCUUCGCCAGCAGCUCCACACUGCACGGCCUGGCCCACAUCUUCUCCUAUGAGCGGCUGUCUCUGAAGCGGGCACUCUGGGCUCUGUGCUUCCUGGGCUCGCUGGCUGUGCUUCUGUGCGUGUGCACCGAGCGGGUGCAGUACUACUUCCACUACCACCAUGUCACCAAGCUCGACGAAGUGGCUGCCUCCCAGCUCACCUUCCCUGCCGUCACGCUGUGCAACCUCAACGAGUUCCGCUUCAGCCAAGUCUCCAAGAAUGACCUGUACCAUGCAGGGGAGCUGCUGGCCCUGCUCAACAACAGGUAUGAGAUACCAGACACACAGAUGGCAGAUGAAAAGCAGCUGGAGAUACUGCAGGACAAGGCCAACUUCCGCAGCUUCAAGCCCAAACCCUUCAACAUGCGGGAGUUCUACGACCGUGCAGGACACGACAUUAGAGACAUGCUGCUCUCCUGCCACUUUCGGGGGGAGAUCUGCAGCGCUGAAGACUUCAAGGUGGUCUUCACCCGGUAUGGAAAAUGCUACACAUUCAACUCGGGCCGAGAUGGGAGGCCGCGGCUGAAGACCAUGAAGGGUGGGACGGGCAAUGGGCUGGAGAUCAUGCUGGACAUCCAGCAGGACGAGUACCUGCCUGUCUGGGGGGAGACUGACGAGACGUCCUUCGAAGCAGGCAUCAAGGUGCAGAUCCACAGUCAGGAUGAGCCUCCUUUCAUCGACCAGUUGGGCUUCGGAGUGGCCCCAGGGUUCCAGACCUUUGUGGCCUGCCAGGAACAGCGGCUCAUCUACCUGCCCCCGCCCUGGGGCACCUGCAAAGCUGUUACCAUGGACUCGGAUUUCUUCGACUCCUACAGCAUUACCGCCUGCCGCAUCGACUGUGAGACACGCUACCUGGUGGAGAACUGCAACUGUCGCAUGGUGCACAUGCCAGGGGACGCCCCAUACUGCACUCCCGAGCAGUACAAGGAGUGUGCGGAUCCUGCUCUGGACUUCCUGGUGGAGAAGGACCAGGAGUACUGUGUGUGUGAAAUGCCCUGUAACCUGACUCGCUAUGGCAAGGAGCUGUCCAUGGUCAAGAUCCCCAGCAAAGCGUCAGCCAAGUAUCUGGCCAAGAAGUUCAACAAGUCUGAGCAGUACAUAGGGGAGAACAUCUUGGUGCUGGACAUUUUCUUUGAAGUUCUCAACUAUGAGACCAUUGAACAGAAGAAGGCCUAUGAGAUUGCAGGGCUCCUGGGUGACAUUGGGGGUCAGAUGGGGCUGUUCAUCGGAGCCAGUAUCCUCACGGUGCUGGAGCUCUUUGACUACGCCUACGAGGUCAUUAAGCACAAGCUGUGCCGAAGAGGGAAAUGCCAGAAGGAGACCAAGAGGAGCAGUGCCGACAAGGGCGUAGCCCUCAGCCUGGAUGACGUCAAAAGACACAAUCCAUGUGAGAGCCUCCGGGGCCAUCCUGCCGGGAUGACGUAUGCCGCCAACAUCCUACCUCACCAUCCAGCCCGAGGCACUUUUGAAGACUUUACCUGCUGAGCCCUGCCGGCCACCGUACCAAAGGCCUAGAUGGGGAGGGCUAGGAGAGCAAAGAGGCCCCCAGUUUCCAGGCCCCCCGACACCUGCCCUGGGGACUCACCCCCACUCCUUGGCAGUUCUUCCUCCGUCUCUGAUAAGGAAGGAGUCUUGACCAUAGAGUCCUAUCCCUGCCUCUAUCCCAUUCUUUUUAUUUUUAACAAAACUAAACAAAUCUUUAAAAGAAACUAAAAAAGAGAGAAUGGGGCACACGACCUCAGGCUGCCCUUCCUUCUCUGCUCCAUGCUGCCUCCCCCAGCUCCCAGCCUGAAUUCUGUCUGUCUGUCUGUCUGUCUGUCUAUCAUCUGAGUGUCCACCUACAUUCUGCUGCCACCAGUCACCAAACCCCCUCCCAGUGGGGGGUGAAGGGCAUCCUGGGACUGGAAUUUGGCCCCAAACAGAGAAUGUACCUUGAAGGGGAGGGCUUGUGGGGGGGCUUCCCCAGCCUUAAGAGACCCUCUCAGCCCAGUGACCCCCCAACCCCAAAUCUCCAGGCAGGAAUUAAGACCCUAAGUCCUUUUCCCCAUACCUUGUGAAGUCUCCAGAGAGGUGGGAGUGGGGGGUCCCCUGAAGAAGGGGGUACGGGGACAAGAUAUGGCCCUGGUGCUGUAGACCACAUCCUGAGACCUAAGUUCACCCACCCCGAGCUGCUGGAGCAAGCUCCCAAGAGGCAGCCCUUCUCUGCCAUCCCGUCAAAGACACAGCUGGUUGGCUUCCAGCUCAGGGAGAGGGGCACUGGUUCCUCUCCCAGGGCCACAUCCAUAAAUUUUCUUAUGGAACUUUCCCAAAUCCUCUCCCCAGCUUCAUUUGCUUCUCCCAACAACCUCAUCUGCAUUUUCUAUUUCUAUAUGAUACAGACUCUAUAUUGCUAUACCUCUGUAUAUACUCUUCCCCCAACCGUGUCUUCACCCCACCCCCUCUUGUCUCUGAGAACCAUCCUCUCACCCCAAGUUGCCCUUUCUGUGUUUCUGCCCCCUCCCUGGUCUCUGAAUGCCUUCGCCUGUAUAAAGAGUUGGACUCUCUCCCCUGGUGUCUGUACUGUGUACACACAUCCCUCUGAGAAGCACAAGGAGACGACACGCGCAUUGUAACCUUCGCACUGUCUCGGUGGCGAUAUAAAGGAAGCUGUGAAUCACAAGCUCUGCCUGUUUCUGGCCUCAUCCUCUGCCCCCAGCCUGGCACCUUCUGCCAUCCCUACAGCCUUAACACUCCCUCCCCUGCUCUGCUCACCCCAAUGCCCUUUGCUUGACUGACUGUGGCCUCCCCAGGGAAGGGGUUGCUACAGAGAGAGCCCCUAGCCAGGCUGAGCGAGAUCUGCUCGCUAAGCUAAGGGUGUCAAAGAGAGAGGGCACUGUGGAUUGGCAACUUCCACAGCUGAAGCAGUGGGGUACUGACAGGCAGAAAUUGAAGAUCUCAGUCAGUGGCCUUCCCCUCUCUAGGGACCCAGUCCCCUUUCUUCACCUGAGAGCCAAGCCCACCACUGAUAUUUUCUGGUGAGGUAGGGUUUGGCUGUGGGUGGAGAGAGACAGGCCUGGAGUAGAAGUCGAAAGCUCUGUUGUUCUGUCCCUUCCUACCUAAAGAGAGACAAGUGAGGUAGAAGGCCUGCCUCGACCCCCAACAGGAACCAGGGCCAGAGCCCUGCCCCUUCCCAGGCCUUCUCUGCCCAGUUGUCUCUUGGUCUCCAACCCCAGAACAGACCUGUGGCAGGUCAUGUGUGCACUUGGAGCUGGAGGGUGAGACUAUAGUAUCUUUGAGAACUCUUGGUUCCUAGGAGUUCCUUAGAGACCAGACCUCUCCAGAGAGGAGUGGGAAUAAGGCCAAAGGGCCUGCAGCAGAUGGGGACAGUAGGCAGAGCUAUGGGUGACACAUGCCUCUGGUCUAAUAAACUGGGUUUCAACCAUC